GACAGGGAGCGCUCCUCUCUCGGUGGUUGGGCGGAGAGACUGUGGAGGUUGAGGAACGCGUCGGGAAAACUGUUCGUGGUUCUGCUGAGGGCCCUGAAGUAGUGUACUCUGAGCGGGGGUUUAUAGCCCCCCCCCCGGCUUCGUUAAUCCUCCUGUGGGGAAAACAGUGAAGUAAAUUCUGUGGUGCGUGAGGUGCUUCCACAACGAGUGAAAAUACUCUGGCCGUUGGCUUCGGGUUUGGGCUCGGAAUAGGCCCCUGAAUAUGCACUGGGACGCUCGCUUUGAAGCCUGAAUUUGCUGCAUUUGUGUACUACAGUAGUUACACUCCAAAGUUCCUGGAUUCAAUUCAUGCCCAGCUCAGAUGUGUGAAAUGAAGCCAUUACCUGUGGAUCCCAGAAUAUUGUCUCUGGCUACCCAUGUCACUGAAAGUUCAGAUCAGGAUGUUCCUGGGUUAUUGCUGAAGUUAAAAGAUAUUUUAAGUAGCGUUCCAUCUGGAAGUAACGAAUCACAGAAAAUCAAGCAAGACGUAUAUUACUAUAAUCUGCUUCAAUAUUGUGUAUUCGUCCUUAAGCAAGAUUAUACAAAAGUAUCUGGAGGCUGGGCUACUGCUGCAGAUAUAGCCGAGGUACUAAGCCUGUGUUGUAUGGAUGUCGAAGUGAAGGAAGACCCUGAAGAAUUUUACAACAAACUACUUCCUUCUGCUGUAGACAACCUCCUUUUUUUGGGAAAGCGCCUGCAAGCACGCUUUGUUCGCACAUUGAAGGAGGAAGAGAGAAACUCAUUUUUAAACAGUUUCAGAACAGUAACUGAUGCCAUCUGCAGGCUGUGUGGAAGACAUAUUCAACUAACAGGCAAUGUGUUUCAGAAUAAACACUUCCAACAACUGCUGAUGACUGAUGAUGUUGAAACUUCCACUAUAACUAUGUCUGUGUUACAGAACAUUUUAAAGGUGAACAGUGCUAUAUUACUUCAAGUAGCUGAAAAGACUCUACACUGCAUUUUAGAUGAACUUGUUUACAAGAUUUCCUCCACAUCCAAUCCUGUCAUAGGAAAUGCAGCUGUGACACUGUUACUGUUGAUCACAGAAUCUGAUGCUCAGCUUUUGACAACACUAGUUACCCGCUACAAAGGACUACAGACUCUUCUAAGCAAGCAGUGGACUGGCAAAGGGUUUGACAGGAACCUCAAUCGGCUUUUGGAUUUGCUGUAUUCAGAAAACUUCAAAUCAGGCAAAACACAGAGACUACAUCAAGCAGCAUGCUUAAUUCAGGCAGCGUGGAGAGGAUUUCAAACACGAAGGAGAUUAAAGCAGCUCCCAAAAGCAGUAACGACAUUGCAGAGGAAUUUUAGAGCUAAAAGAGAACGGGAAUUGCAAAGUUUGAAAAAACAGAAAGAAGAGGAGAGCCUCCGCCAGCACCUGCAGCUUCAGAGGCAGAGAGCAAUCAGACAGUUUCAUGAACGACAGCUUACACUGUUGGAAAUAGUUCAUGCAGGUCAGGUAGAUAAGCAUAUGCAUGAAAUGGAGGUGAGGGCAGCUCUGACUGUUCAGAGAUACUGGAGAGCAUUUAAGGCAAGGAAAAAUUUUCAUCAGCAGAAAAAAUCUCUUCAGCAAUAUAAAGCAGCUGUUGUCCUUCAGAGAGUGGUGCUUAAAUUCUUGGAAAAGCGAAGAAAAAAGAAGGUUUAUUCUCUUUGGAAACAGCCCCCAUCGCUCUCUGAUGAAAAGAGAUUAGUACUGCAGAAAAAAGUGGAUGACUAUACCAAAUUUCAUCCGGCUUCUGAGAUGUCAGAAGAAAUGAGCAGAGAACUUCAUCACCAAGCUCAGACAAAGCUGGCCCAGUAUUUGCUGAAGAGAAACCAGGGCCGCAAAGCAGAGCAGCAUAGAAAAGCUUUGCUAGCCCAAGUCCGCACAGAUGUGGAUCACCUGAUGUGUGCUCCAGGUCUUGCAAGUUCUACCAUGAAAGAUCUGACUGUUUUUAUGAGUAGAUCUGUUCCUGUAGCAGUCAAAGCCAAGCAGUGCCACAAUACUAUGCUAAAAUAUACCAGAUCACCUUGGUGGAAGAAACUAGAAGGGGACUUAGUUGAUGAAGAAAUUGUCUCUGAAGAUCUUCUGAGUGCUGAAUUGGGAACUUUGUUCAUUGGUGGAAGUAAAGCAUAAUUGAGAGGCAUAAUUAAAAUGGCUAGCUAAUAGCUGUGUAAUUGUGCAUUUUAUCAUCUGAGAUUGUGUUCUAGUAGGCAGUUUUUCCAAUGCUGGUUAAACACGAUAUUUCAUUUUAUUAUUAAGAAAAUGUCCUAAUACGUGUAAAGAAACAAAUCAUAUAGCUGGUAUUCUUUCAAUUGGUAAGAAACAGACCCAACAAAAGAGGACAAGUUGCACUGUAUGUAAAGAAUUACUACUACUGUACUGUAAUACAGAAGACCAACGAUGAAAGCCUUCCUGAAGCUGUUUGGCUGAAUAUUAGGGGAAAACGAAUUACAUAGCUGUUUUCAUGUACUACAGACCACCUAACCAAGCAGAGGAAAUAGAUGAACAUU